CUUAGCCUUCCUCUUUAAGUAGAGCUAAGCACCCACCACCCCACUACACACCAAACACAACCUGCCUCCAAUUUCACCUCUAUCUUUCUCUCUCUCACACCCCUUCAUUUUAAGUCAAGUCUUCUCCAACUGACUCUUAUCCUAAAAUAAUCCACAAUACCCAAACCUACCUUUCUCAACUAUAAGUACCUACCUCAAUUAUUCAACUUCCCAAAACCCUCUUCUUUUCUCUCUCUCUUUCUAUAAACAAUAACACACUCAAUUCAACUAACUUUUUUUCCAUUUCAACAUGACUCGCUCUCUUAGAACAUUACAAUCCAUUUCCUCCGCCGCACCUCCGCCCGACUCCACCGCCUCUUUAGAAUCCGACUUCGUCGUCAUCCUCGCCGCUCUCCUCUGCGCUCUCAUUUCCGUCGUCGGCCUCACCGCCAUCGCCCGAUGCGCUUGGCUCCGCCGCGGCCCCGCCGCCGGAGCCUCCCCGACCACCGCCGUUGUCAACAAAGGUCUCAAAAAGAAAGUUCUCAAUUCACUUCCCAAAUUCACCUACCUCGGCGACACUCCCGGAAAAUGGAUAGUCUCGUCGGAGUGCGCCAUUUGUCUCUCGGAGUUCACCGCCGGCGAAGAGGUUAGAGUGCUUCCCCAGUGCGGUCACGGCUUCCACGUGGCGUGUGUAGACACGUGGCUUGGGUCUCACUCCUCGUGUCCUUCUUGCCGUGCUCCUUUCGCCGUCGCUAGGUGUCAGAAAUGCGGCCUAUACCAACCAAAUCCUGCCGGAGAAGUCACUGGAGAAGUCACCGGAGAAACAGAGCCGAAAACCACCGGCGACAGGAAUGUAGAAGUUGUUGUUGUGAAUUCCAAUUGUGUUAGCGACGGCGUUGAUAGACAUAGCCACGGUGGUUAUAAUGGCUUUUUGCCGUAAAACUUGUUAUUUUAUAUUUUCUCUAUCAAUUUGUAUAUUUAAAUGUAAAUAUUAUAUAUUAUUUUGUUUAAAUCUCUGGUUUUUGUUUCUCAGUUCAGAGUUUAUCUCAAUA